UGGAGGAAAAGCUCAUUCCCAAAUCCUAUUUGCCAAUCGCCAUCGCCAUUUUGUUCUCCUUCUUUCUCCAGGACACCGGCUUCUGAGUUGACUUGUAGCUUCUACAUCUUUAAAUCUUUUUCUCAGAUCAAAUUAUAGUCAUACAAUGGUGCCGGCUCUAGAGAAACCUGCUCCGGAAUUCGCUGGAACUGCUGUUGUCAAAGGGCAGUUCAAGGACAUCAAACUGUCGGAUUACAAAGGCAAAUACGUUGUCUUGUUCUUCUACCCACUUGACUUUACAUUCGUGUGCCCGACCGAGAUUAUCGCUUUCUCCGAGGCUUAUCCGGAGUUCCAGAAGCACAAUUGCGAGGUGAUUGCUGCGUCGACUGACAGCCACUUCAGCCACUUGGCCUGGGUGAACACCCCUCGCAAACAGGGAGGUUUGGGAGACAUGAACAUCCCCCUACUGGCCGACAAGUCCGCCAAGAUUGCCCGAUCUUACGGAGUGUACAAUGAGGAGACUGGAAUUCCGUACCGAGGUCUGUUCAUCAUCGAUGACAAGCAGCGUCUCCGUCAGAUAACUGUCAAUGACCUCCCUGUUGGACGCUCCGUAGAUGAGACUCUUCGUCUCGUACAGGCAUUCCAAUUCACCGACAAGCAUGGAGAAGUGUGUCCAGCUGGGUGGAAGCCGGGUGACAAAUCAAUGAAGCCCAGCCCCAAGGAGGCGCAGGAAUAUUUCCACGCCGUUAACUAAACAUGAAACAUUUUGUUCCAAUGUAAUACUUAAUCUUUUGUUUCCUUUGUUCAUUUAUUGUUAACUUUUCUUAAGAUUUAUCACUACAAAUGCAUUGUGAUAUUAAACAUGUUUAUGAUGAGGCUUUAAGGGAUGGUGAUCGGUGCUGAGUUCUAAGAGUGACUUUCAUUUCUCUAAUUGCAUUUGUUCUUUUCGUUUCAAAUUUCAAUUCUGAAUUUAGUUAUCUUAACUGGUUUUUCCUCAGAACUCAACAUCACAAUAAAGAGUAUCUAAGAUAGCUAGUUUUAAGUGUUUUUCACGUAUGUGUUAAUAAAAAUGUUUUCAUAGUA